CAACCUGAAGCACCUACCUCCGACGGCCAGUCUUCAAACAAUUCACAAGAGCAGAACGAUGGUCAAGGGAAUGUUCCACCACAGCAACCACAGCAACCACAGCGGCCGUCUACAUUUCAAGUAAUUACGCAAACGAUAUUUAACAUGCUCCUUAUAUAUUAUGUCAUGAACUUUUUUUUUAAAGGUUCAACCAAUAUAUCAUCGCCUCCUGCUGUCAAAUUAUCAAGCGAUGGUGUAUCACAGUAUGAAAAUACCCAUUUAAAACAAUUAUUCCCUUCGUGGCCGUUGGAAUCGAGUAUGGAUUUAUGUGUAUACAUUUCUGAAGACGAAACCUUUACAAAGUUUAAUGAUCCUUCUGUUCCUAAAUGGCACACUUCGAAUAUCCUUUUUGGUGAUUGGGAAGACGAAAGAGAAGUGUCACUUGACAUUCCAACAUCAGUGUCUAUGAGACACAAUGGUUCGUUGUACGCACACAUAUUUCUCACACUUGGAAAGGCGUCACCAGAUCCACUAACUGCAGGAUUUCAGGAUAAUAUGCGGCGAAAGAUUGUAAAGACAAAAAAUCUUAUUCGUGGUUCUAAUGACGAUGAAAUCGAAGCUGAUGAAAUAAAAUUUGAUGAAAAAAUUCCUAUUGUAUCAUAUUGGUCUCAGAAUUUGACACUUAAUAUCGUAUCCGACAAUGUUAUUAUUCCCUAUGCUAAACUACCACCUUCAAUUGCUUCAACUAUACCAUUGGACGCGAGUAGGUUACCAGAUUCGACUACACAUUCUGGUUGGUAUCUUCCUGUUGUCUUUGUCAAUGAUUUCUGGAUUCUUAAAGAUCAUUUAACGCCUAUCAACGAAACUGUCAAGACUUUACCGUUAAACAUUAAGUAUUAUCCUUUAUCAUUCAUGAAAUUUCAAUUAUAUAUGCAAAUGGAUGAAUCAUUCCGAAAACAGGCAGAAAUGAUUGGUGGAGAUGCACAUUCCGAAUUUGAUGAAAUUAAGAGAAUGCUUAGAGAAACAAAUCCUAUAUUACUUGCUGUCACUUUUAUUGUAUCCUUAUUGCACAGCGUAUUUGAAUUCUUGGCUUUUAAAAAUGACAUCUCGCAUUGGAGAAAAAAGGAUGAGAUGACUGGUGUUUCUGUUAGAUCUAUUUUAUUGAACAUUUUCUUCCAGUUGGUUAUUCUAUUAUAUUUAUUCGAUAAUAAUGCGGACACAAGUUGGAUGAUUUUAAUCGGGCAGGGAAUUUCGUUAGCCAUAGAAGUGUGGAAGGUAAAAAAGGCUGUUGAUAUUGAGAUAAAGCCAUCGCAAGGAGCAAGUUAUUUGCCGUAUACUAUAAUGUUUGUUGACAAACACAAACUAAGUGAGUCCGAAGAAAAGACGAAAGAUCUUGUAUACAAUUCGCACAAGAGUUGGUAUUCAUUUAUUUUGACAACACUUGUUGGGUUUGUGUAUGCCUUCGGAUUCAUAAUGAUGACACCACAAUUAUUUAUCAAUUAUAAACUUAAAAGUGUAAGAGUUGCACAUAUGCCUUGGAAAACUUUAAUGUACAAAACGCUUAGUACGUUCGUCGAUGAUCUUUUUGCUUUUUGCAUUAAAAUGCCAACGUUACAUCGUUUGGCUUGUUUAAGAGACGAUGUAGUAUUCUUUGUCUAUCUUUACCAAAGAUGGGCCUACCCUACGGACAAUAAAAGAGCAAAUGAAUAUGGACAGGUUGCUGAAUCAAAUGAAAAUGAAGAUGAGAAAACAGAGAGUAAAAAAGACAGAUAA